AUGAGUUUUAGCGGCAAAGUUGUUAUUGUGACCGGCGCAAGCUCCGGCGUAGGCGCCGCCACCGCUAUAGCGUUUACAAAAGAGGGCGCCUCCGUUGUCAUGAUAGGAAGAAAUCAAACUAAAUUGGACAAAGUGAAGGAGAAAUGCGAAGCUGUCGGCCGAACACCCUUAGUCAUAAACGCCGACCUCACUGACGACGCCGAACUUAGAAACAUUGUAGACAAAACUAUAGAAGAAUUCAACAAAAUCGACAUUCUUAUUAACAACGCCGCUAUAUUGCGAUGCGGAAAUUUAAGGCAUGGUUCAAUUAUGCAUACGUACGAUGAAAUAAUGAAAACGAAUAUACGAGCUGUCGUUUAUUUGACAACAUUCGCUACACCACACCUCAUAGAGAGCAAAGGCAAUAUUAUAAACAUAUCGACUAUAGGCGCAGAUAGAGUAAUAUGGGACGAAUACAAUGCUUACUGUGUUUCUAAAGCCGCACUCAGUCACUUCACAAGGGCAGCGGCUAUCGAAUUAGGCCCUCAUGGUGUGAGAGUAAAUACAGUGAGCCCGGCAAUAGUUCGAAGUGAUAUGCUGCGGAAUGCAGGGCUCGGAGGUGAUGCAGAUUAUGAUGACAGUAAUUAUUCGUUCAAAACUGUGAUGAACACGUGGACUGAGCCGGAGGAGAUCGCUGAUUUAAUACUGUUUAUGGCUAGUGAUAAGGCUAAGAGUAUAACGGGAUCUAAUUUUGUUAGUGAUAACGGUAAUAUGUUGAUAUGA